GGGAGGGGGGAUACUAGAAAUAGCUGCCAUGUGGAAAUUUCCUAUCCCAAAUCCUGCCUCUUGUCUUUUUCCCACCCCUGCCAAAGGUCACCAAAAUUUUCCAGAAGAAGAAGAUCUUGGUGACAUACAGCUUCCGUCAGUCCUUUCCCCUGGUGGAAAUGCACAUGCAGCUCUUCCAGAAUUCAUAUUACCAGUUUGGGAUCAAGUUACUGUCUGCAGUACCUGGUGGAGAGCGAAAAGUCCUCAUCAUCUUCAAUGCCCCUAGCCUCCAGGACCGGCUACGCUUCACAUCCGACCUACGUGAAUCCAUUGCUGAGGUGCAGGAGAUGGAGAAAUACCGUGUGGAGUCGGAGCUGGAGAAGCAGAAAGGUAUGAUGCGGCCUAAUGCCUCACAGUCUGGAGGAGCCAAGGACUCAGUGAAUGGAACACUGGCCCGCAGUAGCCUGGAGGACACUUAUGGAGCAGGCGAUGGGCUCAAACGGGGUGCACUCAGCAGUUCACUGCGAGACCUCUCUGAUGCAGGGAAGCGGGGGCGGCGUAACAGCGUGGGAUCGCUGGACAGCACCAUCGAAGGGUCUGUUAUUAGCAGUCCACGCCCUCACCAGAGGAUGCCACCUCCGCCCCCACCCCCGCCGCCAGAGGAGUACAAGAGCCAGAGGCCGGUCUCCAACUCCUCAUCCUUCCUGGGCUCCCUAUUUGGAAGCAAGCGGGGCAAGGGGCCCUUCCAGAUGCCACCACCACCAACAGGCCAGGCCUCUGCCUCCUCUUCAUCUGCUUCCUCCACCCACCACCACCACCACCACCACCACCAUGGUCACAGCCACGGUGGCCUGGGGGUGCUACCUGAUGGGCAGUCCAAGCUCCAGGCCCUGCAUGCCCAGUAUUGCCAAGGACCCGGCCCUGCCCCGCCACCCUACCUCCCACCCCAGCAACCCCCUCUGCCCCCUCCUCCUCAGCAGCCUCCACCCCUGCCUCAAUUGAGCUCCAUUCCACCACCACCCGCCUCAGCCCCACCUGUGGGGCCACAUCGCCACUUCCAUGCCCAUGGCCCAGUCCCAGGGCCCCAGCACUAUACCUUGGGCCGGCCAGGCAGGGCCCCACGACGGGGGGCUGGAGGUCACCCUCAGUUUGCUCCACAUGGCCGCCACCCCCUGCACCAGCCCACAUCCCCAUUGCCCCUGUAUAGCCCUGCCCCCCAGCACCCCCCUGCCCAUAAGCAGGGCCCCAAGCACUUCAUCUUCAGUCACCACCCACAGAUGAUGCCAGCAGCAGGCGCAGCUGGGGGCCCUGGGUCCCGGCCACCAGGGAGCUCCUACUCCCACCCCCACCACCCUCAGUCACCAUUGUCACCGCACUCACCCAUCCCACCCCACCCCUCCUACCCACCUCUACCCCCACCCUCACCCCACACCCCGCAUUCACCCCUGCCACCCACCUCCCCCCAUGGCCCGCUGCACGCCUCUGGGCCCCCUGGCACGGCUAACCCACCCAGUGCAAACCCCAAGGCCAAGCCAAGCCGGAUCAGCACCGUGGUCUGAUGAAUGGAGUGAGCAAGCUGAGGAACAGAAAGGCCUGGGGAAUCUACAGGAGAGGGACCUUUCCCCUCUCUUCUUCCUCAGUUUUUUCAAAAUACAUAUACACAUAAUAAUGUCCUCUCCCCUUUCUCACUGCCUUGGUAACCCUCCUCCAACCCUCAGUAGUUGCCUCGGGGUUUUCUUCCAGAUUUGAGGACCCUUGCCAUUUACAGCCUGGACUUAGGGCACUCUUAACACUGGGUAGUGGUGAGGGUCUUUCAAAGAUCCUCAUCCUCUUUUCCUGUCUUCCUCUUCACCCCUUGUCCUGGAGGUCUAGCUCGGUGGCCUCAGACCUCCAGGCCAAUGUGAGCUCCCUUGCAGCUCUGGCUGGUGGAGAAGGGCAGAUGUCCGGAGCUGUAGGGGUGAAGGCUUCCCCAGAGCUCCUCUGGCCGUGUGGGGCUAAGAGAAGAGAAGAGCUCUGUAGAGUUGUGGCCAAACCUCAGCUGGCUAGGCCCUCUCUGACCUCAGGGCCUGGCCACACACCUCCAUGUGUCUUUCUGCCUGCUGGAGGACACAGACUGUCAAUGCACUCGGUGGGUGGGACACUCCCCCCCCACCCCCGCUUGUGCUGGCCCCCACACGGGGCAGUGCUUCCUCUCUCAAGCCAGUCUAUGCCCUCUCUCCAGUAGGCCCCAGUCCAGACCUCUUCGGCUUCAGGAACUUGCCUCGCCCUGCAACGUUCUUAUCCUGAUCAAAGUCCAGACAGGUUUUGGGGUGGGGGAGGCUCAGGUCUGGGAUGAGAAGGGCACUGCCCUCCCUCACCCAUAUUGCAUGCCCCCCCCAUUCCCUUCCACCUUUUCCACCUACAACCGAAGACAAUGCACUUUACAGAUAACGCCCACACACGCCUUGCUGAGGCAGGGCACUCAGCAUCAGCCCUGGGGAGAGGCUCCCAGGGGGCCACCUUGAGCCCAAGAUGUCCUUCCUGAGGCAGAGAUUGAAGCCAUCAGAGCCAGGGCUGGGAGCCAGAAUGCCCAAGUUCUUCUGUCCAUCAAAAUCUCUGCUGCCUCUCCAACCCUUUUGCAACCCUGUUUAUUUAUUAUAAAUAUAUUUUUUACAAGCCCUAGUUCCUCUUCUUGCCCUGCACAUCCAGCUCCUUUCUCAGCUCCUGCCUUCCUCUCCCCUCUCCACUAUGGGCUGCAGUAUAGACAGAUGGACCUUGGCUGUGAAAGGGCCAGGGACCCUGAGGCGCGGGGGGUUGGGGGUAGGGGGGUGUAGGACGGGGUGGUGGUGAUGGUGGUGGGAGGGGCUGUAUGGAGAGGAGCUGGGGUUCAGGCAUUGUCUUUUUUCCUCCUUGUAUAUAAGAAUGUAUAUUUGAUGCCUCAUAAAAGACCUUGUGCUCAC